AUGGCCCUACCAACUCCUCCUGGCCCACAUACAGGCCUGAAGCGGUCACAUUCUUCCUCAGAAGCCUCGAGUCAGCCGCAGAAGAGACGAAGAGUCCAUCAUCAACUACACCAUGUUCAGACAAAGCCGGCGCAUAUCGAGCUAGCGCCACAGGAUCCGUUCUUUGCGCAGGGACAGCUUCUCAAGAGCAUCACAGCUGGACUGACCUUGGCUGGUUUCGACGGCGUGAAAGAGAGUGCACUGGAGAUGUUUCGCGCUCAAGUGGAGGAGUAUAUGUUGAAGUUCCUCGCACAUGCGCGGACUUCCAUGCAGGAUGGCAGACGAACGGCGCCGACACCACUGGACUUUGCUUCUGCGCUUGCUCAGAUGCCCACCAGCCAUACGGCGUCAUGCCUGAAGCCCCAUCUAGACUUACAAUUGCCUGAAGACAUUGCGUGCCCUCCAAUAUCGGAGCCGGAUCCCCCGCCACCCUUAGCGCCAGACUUCUCUAAUCUGCUCGAACCGCUGAUAGACCGAGCCAUACCAUCCUACAUCCCGAAACACUUCCCAGCACGACCGCCGAACCAUGCUUGGAGACACACCGAUGUCUUUCCACAGCGAGAGAAGGACCCGAAGAAGAUGCGUGAGCAAGCGACGCAGGAAGGCAUGUUGGCAGAACAGGCCCUCAGGAAACUUGCCGCUGCCGCCAAGACCAGCGCGAUGAAUGCCGAAAAGAGGAGAAAUAGUGUUCUCAGCGGCGAAGGAAAAGCCAGGGAUCCUGCGAGACCGCAUAAGCGUGGAGCGAGAGCGCAUGAGGAUACAUUCGCGGACGUUUUGAAGGAGAUUGGAGGUCUAGAUGAAGCUACGGACAUGGACGUAGACGGAAAGUCGCAUGCGAAUGGAGGCGGAAUGGACUUGGGCAUGCCUGAAGGCAUUGCCGUCAAUCAUGACAUGAACCACUGGAGAAAAGGCACGUCGAGAAGAGUGGCGUGA